AUGUCUGACAGUUCAGGAACUUCGGGCGGCGGAUUGGUGUUCUGCCGAUUGUUGUUCGGAGUGGUUGUGGUCGGCGGGGUAAUGGUCGGCGGUGUGUUAAGUGGCAGGGUGUCGUUAGGCGGGGUGUCGUUCGGGGGGGGGGGGUUCGGGUUGUUGUUGGUCGGGGUGUUGUGCGGCGGGGUGGUGUUCGGGGGCGAGUUCGGCGGGGGGGUGUUGUUGGUCGGGGUGUUGUGCGGCGGGAUGUUGUCAGACUGCUCCCUGGCCAUUCGAGGCCGUAUUCCUUCCUCCCACCCCUACCCCCACCCUUCCUCAGGCCGCGCUGCACCUACUAGGCGAGUAGCUGGAUGCGCGCCGCCCGUAUCCGAUUCUGCACGGCUGCUCGGGCGUGCUGCGGCCGGGCCGCAUGACGCUGCUGCUGGGGCCGCCAGGUUCCGGCAAGUCAACGCUCUUGCAGACGCUCGCGGGCUGUCCGGAUAA